GUCGGAAGAGAAGGGCAGAACGGCCUGCAAAGCGACGGGGAAGAAAGAUGGGGACGCGGCACUGCCAGCGGACGUGGGAGUGAUUUUGACCGAGAACGUGAAGGGUGGGGAGAAAGGAUUAGGGUGGAAAACUCUGCUUCUCUGCAUCGUUCACUCGAGUCUCCUGUCGAGCAAAGAAAAUGGAGCAUGAGAUGGAAGUGAUGGAAGAAGGCGAGAGGCUGUUGGGUGGCCAGCCUGAGACAGAAGCGGCAGGACAGACUUCCUCUCAAGAAAUUGCUGACAUCAUGCAGAACCAGGAGGCUGUCCCGUGUCUCAUCAGGCAGAGAUCUCGGCAGCGGCACAAUCCCGCCCGGCCCUGGAAGUCGCUGCCUGCCACGCCCACAGGAGGGCUAGAGGCCGACCCACCAGGUAUUUUCUCCUCCAUGACCUCCCUCCAGGCCGAGGAGUUCUUUGACAUGGUGGCUAAAGUCCAAGCCCGGAGGCUCAAUGACCAGCGGGCUGAUUUUGCAGGGCCUGAAGGCACAAGUGGCGAGAGUGUGGCUGUCUCGGAGGACCAACUCUAUGACACUAUCUUGGCUCAUCAGAGCCAGCGUCUGGAGGACCAGCGCACGGAGCCCCCCAUCCCAGUGGGUGUUCAAGGAUUGCUGGAUUUGCUACUCAGAGCCCAGGGGGCCCGGAUGGAAGAUCAGCGGUCAGCUCUUCCCCCUGGCCUCGCUGCAGUAAGACGUUUGCCUUCCCCAGCCAGAGUUUGAAUCCAUCUGAAAAGCUGCAAUUGUCAUGACUGAAGACCCACCACUGAAAUGUGUGAAGCUCUGUCAACUUAUAAAAGCAGUCAGGGUCUCUGGAAUCAAGAGGGGGAAAUGCCAUCCUGCAGUAGCAUAUGUAAAACCAAUGCAGGCACUCUCCAACGCAACAGAUUGCUCAUCACUUCCUGGCCAAGAUUUCCAAGUAAAUGGAUCUACCUCUUCUCCAACUAUCCCAUCUAUCAGCAGAACACCGCCACUAGCAGCAGCAGAGGCUCAAUACCUGCAUUAGCACCACCUUUCAAGUUUCAUAGAACUCUUCUUGAAGCUGAAUGUUAAUUUAAAAAGAGAGAGUUCAGAGGAGAAGAGCCAAAUGCCCUGAUAAAGCCCUGGUUUUCCAGGAAACUCUUUGCAGACUAAUUCAGCUUGUUUCCACCACAAAGGAUCUCCAGUUGCAGGAGAUAGUUCUGGUAUUGUGAAAUUGAGACUUCAACUAAUUGCACGGGGUGUGUGUGUGUGACAGAUUCGCUUUCGCUAAAUUUGCUUGUAAAAAUCAAUUUUAUGUACUUCUCACUGGAGGAGGUUUUUUCUUUUUUUUAAAGCAAGACCCUCCAAUCUAGGUACUGUUUCAUUUAGAAAUUUCAUCCUGCUUCCACACUUUG